AUGGUGAGGCAUACCCUCAUCCAACCUCACAACCGCUGCUUCCCUCACAACUGCUGCUGCUUCCCUCACAACCGCUGCUUCCCUCACAACAACAACAGCUGCUUCCCUCACAACCGCUGCUUCCCUCACAACAGCUGCUUCCCUCACAACCGCUGCUUCCCUCACAACAGCUGCUUCCCUCACAACUGCUGCUUCCCUCACAACCGCUACCACACAAAGGACAUUAACACAGACCACACAAAGAAGAAGAACGAAGUCAAUAAAUCUAUAGAGCACCACGACGAGGCUGCGUGUACACCUGUUGAGUACACUCAGAGCAAUAGCGGCGGCAACAAUGGCAACAGUGGUAACGGUGGCAGUAAUUGCAACAAUGGCCACAAUGGCAAUGGAGGUAACAGAAACAGCGGCGUGGCAACAAUUUGGAAUAGCUACUGCCUAAACAACGGUGGCAACAAUGGCGACAGUGCCAGAAUCGGCCACAAUGGCAACAUUGGCGCCGUUGGCAGCUGCAUGAAAGACUCCUCACAACACUCCAGACUCCUCAAAACACUCCAGACUCCUCACAACACUCCAGACUCCUCGCUGCACUCCAGACUCCUCACAGCACUCCAGACUACUCACUACACUCCAGACUGCGCACAACACUCCAGACUCCUCACAGCACUCCAGACUCCUCACAACACUCCAGACUCCUCACAGCACUCCAGACUCCUCACAAAACUCCAGACUACUCACAGCACUCCAGACCCCUACAGCACAC